AUGGCCGAAUCGCAUUCGUAUAUUCCUCGACCGACUCAAUUUUUACAAGAGGAGGCGAGUGAUGACGACGAUUACCUGGAAGAUGAAGUCGGGAUAAAUGAAGAAGAUGAUGACUAUGAGUUCAAUCAACCCCUGAUCGCAAUCAAAAAUAAUUCAGCUAGUAGCACAGCUCAUCAGUCAUUCUCUAUCCCAUCAUCGUCAUUCUACGGAAGUUCAAAUCAGGAUCUGAUGUGCUUUGGUGAUCUGUUCACUGCAGUGAAUGAAUAUUGA